GCAACCUCAAGUUCGUCAAUGUGAGAUAUGCGUUGCAGUCAAGUGUAUUAUGAUCAAUAAUACAAUAGGAUAACCCGAAAUGAAAGACUGCAAUAUAGCUUCUUCCCAGGCCGUGAAACGAACAAGGAAGCGCACGGGAUGCCUCACAUGUCGGUUGCGGCACAAGAAAUGCGACGAAAGAAAGCCAGUCUGUGUUGGGUGCGAGCGAAACCGGCUGCAGUGCAAAUGGUCCACUGAUAAUGCUAGAGCUUGGCGGAAUCUUCUAAUGGAUACUGCUUCGACUAGCUCUGGGAAGGCUGUUGAAUGUGUACAGUGGGAUGUCCCGUCGUGCCAUCCAGAUGGCCAUUCUACGGCGGGCACAGAGGCUCCUUUGACAAAUCGCUGCCCUGGGAAAGUGAACCAGAGUAUUAAUGCGAAAGAGAAAAUACGCGAGGAUAAUAGUGUCCUGCUGCACGUGUUCCAGACAGAACCUUUAUUGACUACUCCCUCUUUCAGCAACGCUUACUCGUCUCCCCGUUGGCCAAAGAUUCUCGAGAGAGCUGAUUUACAGUCCAUCUUCCACUUUUACAUGAAUACAACAGCUUUUGUUCUCACCUCGCGCGUAAAGCCGUUUAAUCCAUUCGCUUCUUAUGUUUUACCCUACGCUCUGUCUGACGAUCUAAUUACUCACUGCGUCCUUGCCCUGGGUGCCUCGCACUUCUCUAGUACUUAUGACCAGACACCUAGCCUCUCGGCAACAUCACACUACUCAGUUGCCAUCAGAUGUGUGAGACAGCGGCUUAAGGUGCUGGAAGCGGAUGAUAGGUUAUCUUCUGAAAAGUUAGUGGGUCUGGUGCUGGCAAUUCUGCUAUUAUGUCAAUUCGAGUCCGUGGACGGUUCUCAAAAUGGAGCGAUUGUUCUACACCUCCGUGCCUCGCGUGAACUCCUACUGCGACUUGGACGGCUUCAGGUAGAGGCUAACAUCCAUGGGUUUCUACUAGAGCUUUACGCCUUCAUGUCUAUAGUAUCCAAAACAUCCGUCGCGGGUGUGAAAACGCAAGCGAUUGAGAAAACAGAGAACCACGGGGAAAGAGACUCUGUGGUUUCGAGACUUGAUUCACUCAAUCGAGGAACCGAUUCAUACGGAUUACUAUUUGGAUGUGCUCACUCCCUCUUCGAGAUGAUUCCCAGGAUUGAAAUGCUAAGAUACGUGCCAUCGACACCAGCCAACUCAAAUUUACAAAAGAGUCGGUAUGACAUGUUUUGUAUUCUCGAGAACAAGAUCAUGACCUGGGAGCCUCCCGAAGAGCUGGCUGAAUUGAGCAUAGAUGACGAGACAGCCUCGGACUAUCGAAUCACGGGUCGCAUACAUCAACAGGCUGUGCUAGUGUAUCUCUACACCAGUUAUUACGGGCCUGGAAUUCAACACGAAGAGGCUGUGAUAUGCAAGAUUGACGAAGCGAUAGAUCGGAUGCUGGCUGCCUCAGGGUCGCUUUCAGAUUCUCGCCCGAUGUGGUCGUCGCUACUCUGGUCAGCGAUGGUUCUCGGAUCCUGUCUGCGGCAGCAGGAGCACCGAGAACUACUUGCACAGACGCUGUCGAAGCGUCCUUAUAACAUGUUUGGCUGCCAGCGAGUCCUCGAAGUGCUGUCGGUUGCGUGGAAGCGCGGGUACUAUGGACCGAUAGGAGUCAAAAGAGUGAUGGAAGAGCAGAAGAUAAUCAUGUCGAUAGCUUGAUUUAUCUAUUGAUCGGAUAGGUCAAUUAUUCACUGCGCAAUAUUCUCGAGGGAACUUGCAGCACAUGCAAAUAACGAGUCAAUGCCUCGCUGUGACACAGGCAGCAAUAGUAGCAAUAAUAUUAAUAAAUAACUACAUGGAGUGGUCGGAUGUGUUCGGAAU